AUGGGGGCUCGAGCGACGGAAACAACUCGGGAACUGGAAAGCACCUCUAUAAAGUAUCAAAUAGGAGGACACGCAGAGAAAAUGUGGCAACGGCUCAAAGGAAUAUUAAGAUGCUUAGUAAAGCAGCUGGAGAAGGGUGACAUUAAUGUAGUGGAUUUAAAGAAGAAUAUUGAAUAUGCAGCAUCUGUGCUGGAGGCAGUUUAUAUUGAUGAAACCAGGAAGCUUUUGGACACUGAGGAUGAGCUCUCUGACAUCCAGUCGGAUUCGGUCCCGCUGGAAGUGCGGGACUGGUUAGCUUCUACAUUCACCAGGGAAAUGGGAAUAGUGAAGAGGAGACCUGAAGAAAAGCCCAAAUUCCGAAGCAUUGUCCACGCUGUACAGGCUGGGAUUUUUGUAGAAAGGAUGUACCGAAGAACUUCUAGCAUGGUUGGUUUGGCUUACCCAGCAGAAGUGAUAGUAACAUUUAAGGAUGUUGAUAAAUGGUCUUUUGAUGUAUUUGCCCUAAAUGAAGCAAGUGGAGAGCACAGUCUGAAAUUUAUGAUGUAUGAGCUGUUUACCCGAUAUGACCUUUUGAGCCGUUUCAAGAUUCCUGUUCCCAACCUUAUUUCAUUUGCUGAAGCUCUUGAAGUUGGUUACAGCAAAUACAAAAAUCCGUAUCACAAUUUGAUCCAUGCAGCUGAUGUUACUCAAACUGUGCAUUACAUAAUGAUUCACACUGGUAUCAUGCACUGGCUCACAGAACUGGAAAUUUUAGCAAUGAUCUUUGCAGCUGCCGUCCACGAUUAUGAACAUACUGGGACCACAAACAAUUUUCAUAUUCAGACAAGGUCAGAUGUUGCAAUAUUGUACAAUGAUCGUUCUGUUCUUGAAAAUCAUCAUGUAAGUGCUGCUUAUAGACUAAUGCAAGAAGAAGAGAUGAACAUCCUGGCAAAUUUAACCAAAGAUGACUGGAGGGAGUUGCGUAGCUUGGUCAUUGAGAUGGUCUUGUCUACAGAUAUGUCGGGCCAUUUUCAACAAAUUAAAACGAUGCGACAUACUCUACAGCAGACAGAGGGGGUAGACAAAGCCAAAGCCAUGUCUUUGAUUCUACAUGCAGCAGACAUAAGCCAUCCAGCAAAAUCCUGGGAACUGCACUACCGGUGGACCAUGGCCCUGAUGGAAGAAUUUUUUCGACAGGGCGACAAGGAGGCUGCUUUAGGGCUUCAGUUUUCCCCACUCUGUGACCGCAAGUCUACUUUGGUAGCUCAGUCCCAAAUAGGUUUCAUUGAUUUCAUAGUAGAACCAACAUUUUCUCUUCUUACCGACUCAAUGGAGAAAAUUGUUAUGCCUCUUAUAGAGGAAGCGUCAAAAUCUGAAAGUCCUGCGUUUGGGACACCCAGCCAAAGCAGUUUGGGAGCAGUAAGCAAUGCUGAAGCACACAGACGACCCGGUUUUAAAAGUACAAGUGAUGGAGGGACUCACACAGAAAAUUCUCUAACAAGUGUAGACCUAAUGAGCUUUAAGGACAACUUGAUGAAGAUCAUUCAAGCAAACAAAGAAAGAUGGAAAGAAUUAGCAGUAGAAGGUGAGCCUAAACACUGUAAGAAGUCAGAAGAUAUCGUAAAAGCCACUGAGCAGAAAGAAGCACUGAUACAGAACUAG